UUCUGGUGUGGAAGUACAGGCGAACCAAUGAGGUCAUGUUUCCUUGGGUUUGAAUUCUAGUUGGGGGAAGACAAAAAAGAAAUGUACAGUUUCAAAGUCCCAGAGUAAUAAGGCUAUAGAGAAAGCCAGUGCUAUUUUAGGUAGGCUGAGCAGUGAGGACUGCUGGGAGGAUGGGACGUUUGAGCAGUGACCCUAGGGAACUUGCCUUUAUGUUUUCUCCAUGUCUCUCGAAUUUAGCUUGAUACUGAUGGACAUUGAAUGGACCAGAGGCAGGGAUGGUCGGCUAUGACCCCAAAGCAGAUGCCAGAAGUAACUCCAAGUUGGAGGUGGCGGUGGCAGGGUCUUUGUCUGGAUUUGUUACUCGGGCACUGAUCAGCCCAUUGGAUGUCAUCAAGAUCCGUUUCCAGCUUCAGAUUGAACGCCUGUGUCGCAGUGACCCCAAUGCAAAAUACCAUGGGAUCUUACAGGCCGGCAAACAGAUUUUGCAGGAGGAGGGCCCAACAGCAUUCUGGAAAGGACACAUUCCAGCCCAGCUUCUCUCCAUAGGCUAUGGAGCUGUCCAAUUUUUGUCUUUUGAACAGCUGACGGAGCUGGUGCACAGAGCCAGUGUGUACGAUGCCCGUGGAUUCUCUGUGCACUUCAUAUGCGGAGGCCUGUCUGCCUGCGCAGCCACCCUCACCGUGCACCCUGUGGAUGUUCUGCGAACCCGCUUUGCUGCUCAGGGUGAACCCAAGGUCUACAAGACCCUGCGAGACGCUGUGGUGACUAUGUACAAGACUGAGGGCCCCUUGGUCUUCUACAAAGGCUUGACCCCGACUUUGAUUGCCAUCUUCCCCUACGCUGGGCUGCAGUUCUCUUGUUACCGCUCCUUGAAGCAAGCCUACGAGUGGGUCAUGCCAGCCAACAGAAAGCAGACUGGGAACCUCAAAAGCCUUCUUUGUGGCUGUGGAGCUGGAGUCAUCAGCAAGACUGUUACAUAUCCCCUGGACCUCUUCAAGAAGCGGUUGCAGGUUGGAGGGUUUGAGAAGGCCCGAGCUACCUUUGGCCAGGUGAGCCAUCCCUGUGCAGGUAGCUUUGACCCUUGCACCCACUAGGCACAUGAGGGACCAGCAUUCAGCUCUUGCCUAGUAGUCAGUACUGGCCUGGCACCCCCAGCUUAUCUCAUGUAGCUUUAUUUCUUUGCAUAAACAAACACAUUUGGGUACAUUUUAACAAAAAUGGCGUUGCACUGAAUGCAAGGUUUUAUAUCCUUUCCUUUUACCAACUUGUCCUGAAGGGACAGUUUGAAUUUGAACCAGGAAAGAUGGUGAGAGCACAGGACAGAGGAUGGAGGCUCUUCUUCUCAUGGAGACUAGUAUGCUCUGUUUGGUUGGAGGUGGGGGUGCUUAUGGGAGGACUGGUGGGAGCCAAACCAGGGAGGGAAGUUGAAGCCAAAUGGUGGAAUGCCUGGAACUCAAGGCCUCAGAGUUUGGACUUGAUUCUACGAUGUCAUCAUAAUCAGCAGGAGUUAUUGGAGCUUUUGGAGGGGAACAAGGGAUGGGUGGGCUGUGCCUUGGGAACAUAGAUCUGGCAGCAGUUUGUGGUGUCACCUGGAGGCAGGGAGGCUAGGUGGAAGUGGGCCCUAGUCCAGGUAAGAGCUAACAAGGGUCAGAUUCAUAUUUUCUGCUCAAGGGGGACCAAUUGGAAUAGGGUAGAGGAUGGGAGAGGGUCCAGAGCUGUCACUGGAUCCUUCAGAGCCACUGUCAGCUCCUGCCUCCUCAGGAAGAUGCUUUGUCCAGCUGCUGACUCCAGACCUUUCAUCAGUGCAGUUUAACUUAGCUCCCUGUGACUAGAAAGAAGGAGGGUAAUUUAUUUAUUGUCGUUUUUUGGGAGUGGUACUGGGUUUGAACUCAGGGCAGCCCUUUUUGCUUGGGUAAUUUUUCAG